ACUCCUGCACGCAAAGCAGAAAAGCGCUGAAAGUGCGGAGAUGUACUUUUUAGAUUGGUCUGCCACUGAGAGGACGUGCGAGUUGGAGCUCACAACUUAUUCCACCAUUGUGCACUUAUGAGCGGUUUGUCGGUGUUGUGUGUAGGUGCAUUUUGUGACUUUUCAUGUUGAAUGAAAGGGGAGCCCAUCCACGCGCCACCAGCACCAGGACGCACGGCGCGCCUCCACGCAGCGGCAGGAGCAAGAGGGGGCCACUUGUGUUAUCCUAAUGGAUAUAAUAUCUUAAACGCUUUCUGAGUCUUUGACCAGAUGAUAUUUGUGCUUUUUAUUUUGGGGGGACACCCUGGGAUGCCUGACUUUUUAUCUUUUUGGCUCCCUUUGCACAUAUGAAGUUCCUGUGCAGGAUGUUACAGACCAAGCGGCCCAGGCAUCAUUGGGCCACUGUGCACUUUCAUUACAACAUAUCACCACAUUGUUGGGGGUAUAGUUCUGUCUAAAAGGAGUCAAAUACUACCCACCCUCUGCCACUGUCGAAAAGGAAUUCUUUGACCCACCUUGGGUGAACAUUGACAUUGGCUUUUACCGGUCUCAUCUUUGGGCUACUAUGCAAUUACAACUGAUCUCCUUUGUUUUGAUCAUCUUGCACUGCAUGGAUUACACUGGAUGUCAGCAGCACAGCACCUCCAGGCACCGGCAACGUAGACAGAUCUCUAGUGUGAGUUCAGGCUGCCAGCAGAGUAGCUGUCUUACCUGCUCUGACUACAAUGGCUGCCUUUCCUGCAAGCCACGCUUCUUCAUGUAUUUGGAGAGGAUUAGAAUGAAGCAGAUCGGGGUGUGCUUGACUUCCUGUCCUCCGGGCUAUUACGGCACUCGCUCACCGGAAAGAAAUAUAUGCACAAAGUGCAGAUCUGAGUGUGACUCUUGCUUCAACAAGAACUUCUGCACACGUUGUCGGAUAGGGUUUUACCUUCACCUGGGCAAGUGCCAAGAGACCUGUCCUGAGGGGCUGGUCCGCAGCGAUACACAAAGGGAAUGUGUUCCCAAGUGCUAUGCAGAAUGUGAGUUAUGUGUGAACAGUGAGACAUGCACCAGGUGCCGGCCUGGCUUGUACAAGCUCAAUGGGCGAUGCCACCACUUCUGUCCUGAUGACUAUGAGCCCAAUGACAAACUAAUGGAGUGCGUACCACAAGUGCACUGUGAAGUUAAUAUAUGGAGUGAGUGGAGUCCCUGUUCUCGAUCCGGUAGAACCUGUGGCUUCAAGAGGGGGCAGCACACCCGCACACGCCAGGUGCUGCAGUACCCAUCGCCUUUUGGCAGGCCAUGUCCAGAGAUCUCUGAGAUCAAAGACUGUUCAGUCAAAAGAAGAAAGUGUCCAGGACAAAGGCUUACUGAUCGAACAGAACGGCGGAACCGCAAUAACCGCAAAGAGAACCAUGAGGCCAGAAGAGAGAGGAAAAGAGAGCGUGACAGGGCUCGAGAUGCGGGUGAUCGCCAAGACAACAGGAACAAAACAGAGCACAGACAUUGGCGAGGUCAUGUCCCGGAUCCUGUCUCGCCUCAGGAGGGCCUUGUACAGUAGCUCUGUGAACAUACCAAAGUCUAACACCUCUGAAAACUUCCACCUCCUCUUCCCUUCACCCACUCUCUGCCCCUUUCAUCUCCAGUCUGCGGGGGUGUCGCUGCUACCUGUACGAUUUGAAUAAACUGUUUAUGCACAAGCGGGAUUGGGGCACAUGGGGCCUAACGGUUUCAAAGGAUUUUAUUUUUCUGUGUAGCUACUCUUUACUUCCACCACUGACUUGUGUCUCAUUUGAAAAAUACAAGAGACACUGCUGAGACUGCUGCUGGUACUAAAGAACAAAGAAAAUGUCAGUGUGAAGGAGCAGUAAAGAAUUCGAAAGACAAUGAGACUAGCAUUUAUGCCUGUUGAUAUGGUUAUUUAAUGGAGCCCUGGUACAAUGUUGUGCUCUUGCAUUUUGAAUGUAGAUGUUUUUUUUUCCAACAUUAUGUAGAACAUUUUAUUGUUUAUGACUUUUAGAAGCAUCUACUUUAUUUGUUGCAGAAUUUGUAAAGACAAAAACAUAAGAGGUUUGUUCGUGCCAAUUUGUGACCAUUUCCUAAUCACAAUAGAAAAUGAUGUAGUGGAACCUUCAUUGCUAAGUCAAAGAACGCCAAUAUUUGGGCAAAGCAAAGUUGUAGUCUUUUAACACCUGCUUUGUCGUGGACUAAAUGGAUCCCAAAUGGGGGGAAAAUCUAAUUCACAAGAAAGUUUUUUUGUUUGUCAAAAUGGAAAGUUCUGCUCAAAACACAUCCAAAACCAUCUGUAUGACAAAUAAAAAUAUAGAGUUUUGUAACCUG